UUGUACGAUUAUACCCCGAGUUUGCCUCUUGCUGUGGUUGCCGUGACUCUUUUCUCCGCACUUGGAGCUGUUCUGUGUUUUCGAAUGACCCAAACGAAGACCUGGUCUAGCAUAUUUUUCGUUCUAGGAGCCAUAGCACAACUUUCAGGCUAUGUAGCCCGGAUAUUCUCCACACAAAAUGUCUGCAACCGCGGAGCAUACGGCGUUCAAUCCGUUCUUUUAUUACUAGGACCGACCUUGAUCAUGUUCUCCGUCAAUAUGACACAGACAAAGUUUGCUCGUGUUCUACAUGCAGAGAAGCUUUGCUUCAUUCCAAUACAUUGGCAGCCAUGGCUGUACAUGAGCAUCAAUAUUAUUUUGACCAUCCUCCAACUUAUUGGAGGUAUCAUGACAGUGGCAUCCACUUCGAUGACAACAUUAGCGGCGGGUGGUAAAAUGACAAUCGCCAUCUAUGUUAUCCAGACGGUCCUCUGGAUGCUAGUCUUCUCCGAUAAUAUUUGCAUGACUAUUCGCCUCCACAAUCAGCCAACAGAAUCCAGUAAGAAAUCACUGGCGAACUGGAAAUUAUGGAAUCAAUUAUUUGGUCUCUCGACAAGCAUCAUCGGACUUGGACGUAAUGUGAUGCGUCUCACGAUGGCUGGUGGUGUUGCCUUUCUCAUCGAAUCUGAAUGGCCAUCUUAUGUCUUUGAUGGCUACCAAAUGAUAAUUAUCUUGACUGCUUGGGCGAUCUGGUAUUUACCAGAGAAGUGUGAGGCUAUUCCAGAAGCAAGAGAUUAUAGAAGCCUUACUGCACUGGAAGAUAUAAGAAAUACUAGUAGCUCGGUUUAA